GGAGGCGGAGGAGGAGGAGGAGGAGGAGGAGAAGUGAGGCUGGAAGGAGCAGACUGAAACUCACAGACAGAAAAAGAGACAGAGAGAGAGACUUGGACCAACCUCUGGCUGCCUCCCUCUCGCCUCUGCCUCUGUGUGGGAGACUGCGAGUGAUGCCUCUCACACUCCGGAGCUGCACAUAGUCAGGACUUUCCUCAGGUUUCUCUCCUGCUUUUUUUUUUCCUUCCUACAAUCUCCCUCCCUCUGUUUCAAAGAUGAGGAGAGACCGUCUCCUCCUGGCCGCGACCCUCACAGCCAUCCUCUCUGCCGACCUCUACUUCAUCCUCCUGCCAAAGCUGCGGAGCGUGGGAUCCGGGCAGUUCUGCUCCUGUGGCCCCGGCAACCUCAGCCUCCCCGUGCAGGGGGGCCUCGCCACCCCACAGCUCUACAACUGGACCUCCUCUUCGGCCCUGAUCAUCCGCACCGCGGGUGGAGGCUCGAAGAUGGAGAGGCUGUUCGCUCACCCACUGUACGACAUCCAGACCCCGGAGCUGGGGCCAGAGGAGAGGCUGCUGCAGGCCGAGCAGCUGAUGGACUACUACAGGAGGAAGGUGUCCCGCUGGGAAAGGCACAUGAAACUCUACAGCGAUGCCGCAGCUCUCUCCAACGUAACUGUGACUCAACAUAAAGUGACCUUUGACCCCGACGCCAGCUGGCUGAAGUUCCACCUGGGGAUCAGCCGCUACGCCCUGUACUCCCGCGAUGACCUGGCUGUUCCGCAACUGCUCAAGGACAUGGGGAGCAUGGCGAUCGUCAACGCAGAUUACACUCAAGAUGAGAAGGCCCUGAAAGGAACCUGCGAUUGUACCCAAGUGGUGAAACCCAGUGGACAUCACCUGAAACUGGCUCUGAAGAUGCAGAACUUUGCCAAGGCCAUGUUCAAACCAAUGAGGCAGCAGAGGGAUGACCAGACUCCAGAGGACUUCUUCUACUUCGUUGACUUCCAGAGGCACAAUGCAGAGAUCGCUGCCUUUCACCUGGACAGGAUCCUGGACUUCCGGAGGGUCCCGCCUGUAGCUGGCAGGCUGGUUAACGUCACAGGAGAAGUCCUCCAGGUCACGCAAACCGAAGACCUACGAGCUGUCUUCUUCACCUCCCCGGCGAACAACACAUGCUUCUUUGCCAAGUGCCUGUACGUGUGCAAGACGGAAUAUGCAGUGUGCGGGAGCCCUGACCUGCUGGAGGGCUCCAUGUCUGCCUACCUGCCCGGCCUCAGCAUUUCCCCCCGCAUCUCCAUCCCCAACCCCUGGGUACGAUCGUACACUUUCACCGGACAAGAAGAGUGGAAAGUGAAUCCGUUCUACUGUGACACCAUAAAGAAGCUGUAUCCGUAUAACUCCGGCAACAGGCUCCUCAACAUCAUCGACAUGUCCAUCUUCGACUUCCUUACAGGUAACAUGGACAGACACCACUAUGAGGUUUUUACCAAGUUUGAGGAUGAAGGAUUCCUCCUCCACUUGGACAAUGCCAGAGGGUUUGGGAAGCACGCUCAAGAUGAGAUGUCCAUCCUGGCCCCACUAACUCAGUGCUGCAUGAUAAAACGCUCCACGCUGCUGCGGCUCCAGGUCCUGGCCCAACCAGAGUUCAGGCUCAGCGACAUGAUGAGGGAGUCCCUGGAGGGAGACCCUUUACAGCCGGUCCUGACGGAGCCCCACCUCCUGGCGCUGGACCGCCGGUUACAGAAGAUCCUCCGGGGGGUCCGGCGGUGCGUCCGGCGGCUGGGGGAGGAGGAGGUGAUCACUAAGGACUUUGUCAAAUCCACAGAGAGACCUCAGACUGUGACAGAGAUGGAAAGGACCAGGUAACAGAGGAGGACAGGCUCGUCUCAGAGCACAGAGGACUUCAUGGUGAAGCUCAGUCACCUGGUGAGCAAACAGGGAUCUCAUGGUUUUGAUUUAAGGAACAAGCCAUAAAAGGAAAAUGCUGUGAAGACUGAUUGAGGAAGUUCAGAACGUGAAUCACUGCAGGCCUUGCAUUCCAAUCACCGAGCGAGCUCAUGCUUUUAUUUUCUUUAGUCUCUCUCAUGGUCAUAAAUGAAUUAAAACCUUUUAAGGAUCGACUAAAGACUAACUUGACCUGAAGAAAGCAGUGAUGCUGUUUUCAGGCAUUUGGUGACCUCCGGAUAAUCUCCUGUGUGAGAACGCAAAUGUCAGAGUGGGAGGCUCCAGACUUUCUCUGGAGUUUCUGCUUUAGUUAAAACUCUGGAGAAUGUCCGAAUGACCCCUGUGAGAAAAAAAGCAGGAUAUUCACCACUGGAUUCACCGCAAAUGAGCGGGCAACAGAAGUGGAAAACUGAAAAAACUCAUAGAGGACAACAAUGAAGAUGUCAAGAGAGCUAUUGGUGAUAAGGGCCGACACCGGUGUUGAUGUCCCGUAAACAAAAACCUUACGUCCUGCUUCUGCCUGCUGCGCCCCCCCCCCUCGCCUGAACGCUGCAGAUUCUUGUGUUGUUGUCCACGCCUGGGCGGAGAAUCUUCAGCUGGGCUGCUCAUGUGUGAAAGGGAAACUCUGGAGAAAGUACGGGCCCAAUUGUGCGGACAUUCUCCGGAGUUCAUGUCCGACAAUGGCUCUAUAGAUGAAUGCAGAAGAUUUCACACUCUCACUGUCAAACACAUUAAGACCAGUGAAGGAGUUCAUGCGAGAGCGCUGCGAUGCACCGGAUCAGUUGUUUGAAUAUUCUGACAGUGGACAGACAGAUUUCUGUGGCGUCAAUGUGAUUAUAAAGAGGAAAUAAAGUUAUUUUAAGUGA